AAGAAUCAUUGGCUCUAAUUUACCAAAUUUAAAACGACACCGUUUGCAGCAUCCUAAACUCCUCCAAACAUCCCAAAAUAUCCGACCUGUUACUUCUGCACUUCCGUUCCCACUACUUUCCCAUCCAAGGCAAUCGACAGACAGAAACGUAAGACGAAAACAGAGAAGAAAAAAAAGAAAAUGGAGAUGAGUUUAAUCCACAUAGCCAGACCAUCUCCAUGUCUUGUUAACAAACAGUUUCUGUUUCCAAAUAAAAGAAGAGAAAGAACCAUUAGUGUUAAGGCUUUAAAGAGUUCAUAUCCGAAAAGAGCAACCUUAUCCAGCAACUGGGAUGUCUCUGAUUUAUCUGCUGUUACUCCAGCUGCAGCUCCAUCUUGGUUUCCUAGAUUUGAAGACCUUGAUACUACCAACAUGCUUCUUCGUCAAAGGAUUAUCUUUUUGGGUUCUCAGGUGGAUGACAUGACAGCAGAUCUGAUCAUAAGUCAGCUGUUACUUCUGGAUGCUGAAGACUCCGAGAAAGACAUAAAAUUGUUCAUCAAUUCACCUGGUGGCUCUGUGACUGCUGUUCAAAAAAUAAAUGUGCUAGAAUUACUUGAUCAGUUGCAAGAAAGGAUCCACACAGGACUGGGAAUAUAUGACGCGAUGAAGAUGUGCAAAGCAGAUGUUUCAACAAUUUGCCUGGGGCUUGCUGCAUCAAUGGGUGCAUUCCUCCUGGCUGCUGGUACGAAAGGGAAGAGGUUUUGCAUGCCCAAUUCAAGAGUGCUGAUUCAUCAACCAAUUGGAAGUUUUGGAGGCACAACAUCAGAGGUGGGCAUACGAGUAAGAGAAAUGAUGUACCAUAAGAUUAAGCUGAGAAAGACAUUUUCAAGAGUUACAGGAAAGCCUGAAGAACAGAUCGAAAAAGAUACAGAACGGGAUACUUUCAUGAAUCCUUGGGAAGCUAAGGAAUAUGGGUUAGUUGAUGGAGUUAUAGAUGAUGGCAAGCCAGGGUUAGUCGCUCCUACUGCUGAUGCAAUACCUCCGCCCAAAACCGAGGUGUGGUAUUUGUGGAAAAUCGCAGAGAGCGGUAAUUACACGAAUUUGCCUUCAGAACAUAAACUGUUAGAGAGUGGAAAUACAGGAGAUCAAGGAAGUGAUGGAGGAACAGACGCAGAGCAGGAAAAGAGAGAACCUGCUCCUUAAUGAGAUUUUAGAGUUAUCUUAACUGGUUUGUGUGCCCAUGCUAUAGGUCAUUUUCUGUUGUUUCUCUCACCAAGCUUUUAUCUUUGUAAGAUUGUAACAAAAUUUUUAAAAAUCAAAAUUAAAAUCAGCUUGAGAUUGCAUUAGUGCACACAGUCAUGAUUGUAGCAUUGGCAUAAUGUAAAGUGUGAGAUCAUCUUUGUGCAGCGGCUAUAGAUGAUGGAACAUUGCUUUUGUUUUGGGGCAUUGGUUCAGUUUGAACAGCUAUUACCAUUAAGUAAAUCUGCCUGAUUGUAAUCACUUACUACUGCUCCCACUGCCAC